GACGAAUCGUGUCAUUUCAAUAUUAUUGAUCAUAAUCCUGGUAAUAUUUCCAAGGAACAGUUCCAGUACCGUAAUUGACGUUUAUUGUUUAUUCCUGAAAGGGUUACUGCAGUUAACUUUCACAGUCCGUUUAAUAUCUGAUACAAUGUCAGAGUUAGUGGAAAUAUUAGGUGAUAGUGUUCUGAACAACCAAGGACAACAAGUUAAUGUAAAAGAUUUAAGUAGUGAAGAUGUAGUUUUAGGAUUGUACUAUUCCGGUCACUGGUGUCCACCAUGUCGUAUGUUUACUCCAACUUUGAUCAAAUUUUAUGAUAAGAUAAAGAGCAAAGGCAAAAAAUUUGAAAUAGUUUUUAUUUCAUCGGACAGAGAUGAAGAAUCAUAUGAAGAAUAUAUGAAAACUAUGCCAUGGUUAUCACUUCCGUUCGGCCCCAAAUCGGAACAACUUUCAGAGAAAUAUGGAGUGAGCGGCAUACCUACUCUAUUGUUGUUGGACAGCAAAACUGGAAAAGUUAUAACAGAACUUGGGAGAGCAAAGAUUACCACAGACCCAGAAGGAACUAAUUUUCCCUGGAGGAAUGAUUCUUGAACCUAUUUUUUUUAUUUUUUGGAGUACGAUUCUAAAUACGCCAGGAACUCAAUAUCGACUCUUCUUUUAUAUAUUUUCUUGAUCUGUUUCGAAAUAAAAAGAAAUUAACCAUC